GUUUAAAGCAGGAAGUUGGCAACUAUGACGGGAACUCAGAUUUUGUUUACGUUUUAGAAAUUUUUCUUAACUAAUUUAUAGUCUUUGUUUCUAAAUUAUUUAGUUUUUCUAAAUAGUUGAUUUACCUCAUUCCAUAAUUGAAAUGGAGACUGCAAUUUUCGAUUUAGAGAGAGGACGUACAAGUGGCGAUGGUAUGGAAGAAGAAAACGCCAGCUUGGCAAAAGUGGAACAGAAGAGUAAAAGUGGGAAUGAUGUACAUCGUCCCGUUGUGCGUCGCACAACGAGUACCAACAUACAAGAAAAUAUUCAUAGAAAGGCCUCAACAAGUGGCACAAAUAACAUAUUGCCAAUACCAGGAUUGAACUCGCUGUAUCGUAGACCUGAGGCAGUAACACGUAAUCUUGCACCUGUCGUACCUAAAGGGGAACUUGUUCUAAUGACACCACGAUUAGUUAAGGGAGCGAUUCCUAUACACGAACAUAAAAAAAAUAAGCCCCCAAUAUUUGUUCCAUACGAACCCUACACAGGUGCUACAAACUUAAUGACGCCAACAAACAGCUCCAACUGCUUAGUUCCGAAAGAACAGAAAAAAAACAAAAACAAUUUAGAUAUUGGUGUGCUUGUUAACCAAAUGUCUACAAUGCGUACACAGGAAUUAGAUGAUAAAAGCUACAAGGAAGAAAAAAAUGGCGAUGCCAUUGAUGCAAAAUUUGAAAAGUUAAGAGAAGAGCUUCGAAAAACUAAGGAGGAGCGUGAUUAUUAUCAGGGGCAAUUCAGAUUUCAGACACAAGUAAACUCUGAAUUAAAGAACUUAUUGGUAGCAUCUGUAGGUGAAGAUAUGCAAACGCAUGUCAACGUGCUCACCGAAGAUAAACUUCAGUUAGCUCGUGCUCUUUUGGACACCGCAAAAAAUUUAAGUACGCACACGGAGCAAAUCGAAUUUCUUGCAGGCCAGUGUGAAGUAUGGCGGUCAAAGUUUCUUGCAAGUAGCGUCAUGGUAGAAGAAUUGGCGCGCUGGAAAGCUGAUCUCACUCACAAAAACCAAUUGCUUGAUGAAGCUACCAAACGUUUGCUUCACGCCACACAUCAGAUUCGCGAAAUACAGUUGGAGAUCCUCCGAAACUUGAAGUUUAUAGCAAAGAUACGUUACUUAAACCUUCCAGCAACUGACGUAAUUUGUCUUAGCGCUGAAAAUUUAAAUAUUCUACAGCAGAUGGUCUUGCAUUCGGGUGUUGGAAUUCCCGAAUCCGGAUUGGAUAUCUUGAGUGCUAGCAAAAAUCCAUUAUGUGACGCAGAAAAAUACGCAGUACAAGCUUUAGAAUUCAUUAGCCAGCCUUUAAUGGCUACUGAUGAUGCAAUAAAAGCUUUGUUUGGCCAAGCCCAGCGACCUUAUAGGCAAUUGGUUUCUCAAGAUUCAGAUAAAAGUGAAACAUAAAAUUUUUGGCAAUAUUACUAUAGAUAUGUACACUUAUGUCGACUUAAUUAAAUCACUUUAUAAUUUUACAAUUUCCAAAUAUUUUUCGCGGUACAUUUUUCUUUAUAUAAUUUUUUAAAAUUUAGAUCAUUGCAUAACAAAAACAUUAUAAAUCAAACUUCCAAACUUAUUAUUCGGAAAUCUUUUAUAUAAAAGAAAAUGCUUAAAAUCGUUUGUAAAAAGCAAAAAUUAUAAAUCAUCGCACUUUUGAGCAACUUCAGACUUAUUAUACCAAAAUUAAAUGGACCAAAAAAAACUAUAAAUGGGCAUACCCAGAAGUUUUCUAAAGAUUCUAAUUAAAAAGCAGACAAUUUUGAUGACAUUUUUUAUUGAAAUUUAUUAAAUUUUUGUGAACUUCGUAAAAAUUUGGAACUUUUGUUUUUAUAAAAAAUAUUGUGGAUAUUGUAUUGUAAAAAGAUAGUGUCGUAAUUAUGUGAGUACAAGUCUAUAUAAAAACUAUUGUAUACAUAUACAUACAUACAAUUACUUAUGUAUAU